UUCGUUCAUUUCAGAGAAAGAAUCAUUCAAUUUUUUAAAAAUUUAGACACAAACCUUAUUUUUUCUUUUUCUACACUCACAUCUGUUCAUAAUGUUAAUGUUAGUUCAUCAUUGGCACUUGGCACGGGCAGCGUAGAAUUCUCAUCUCAUCUCUCUUCUGCUUAUAAAUUUUGUUGAGAGUUUUACUUUCUCCGAGACCCACAAAACAAAAUAUGAUCAACUGAAACAGAAACCUAUGGUUUUUGUUUUAAUUUAUUAUUAUUAUUAUUUUCUCAAUUCUGGAACUAAUAGCAUAUAUAUGUAUGUAUAUAGUAUUACUACGUAGGUAAGUGAGAGUGAGGGAGGGACGGAGUUGUAUGAAUAUAAUUGAUUGAUUGAUUGAUUGAUGAUGAAGAAGUUGGAGUUUGCAAAUAAUUCUUGCAAAGUUGUUAGUUCAUCAGCAUCAAGAUGGUUGGGUUUUAGAAACUUGCAGUUGACAUCUUCGCAAGAUGAUAACAUCAGAUCCACCCGAACCCAGCUCUCUUCCUCAGCAAACUCCAGGUUGCAGGUGGGAGUAGGAAGGGGCAAAGGGGAAGGAAUUGUGUGGCCGUCUCCAAAUGAUGAAAUCCCAUUUUGGAAGAAGGAGUUGGCUUUGCCAAGUUGGGAUGUGAAGCCAGAAAUAGUAGAGGAGGAUGAGCAGCUCAUCCACAUAACUCAUGUCACGGCGGAAAUGGCACCAAUUGCCAAAGUUGGAGGCCUUGGCGAUGUUGUUACCGGACUCGCUCGGGCCUGCUUAUCACGCGGCCACACCGUCCACGUAAUGCUCCCUUUCUAUCAGUGCAUUCCCAAGCAUCACGUCAAUGACUUGACCUUAAUCACCACAUACGACUCUUUCCACCACGGAUCUUGGGUCCAAACUAAUGCGUAUCGCGGCCUAGUAUCUGGGAUUCCGGUCAUAUUCAUCGACCCCUCCAACCAUUUCUUUAAGGGCCAAAAUGUGUAUGGGGGUUCAUACAAUGAGCUAGAGGCCUAUUUGUUCUUUUCCCGCGCUUGCCUUGAAUGGAUGCAGGUAACUGGAAGCCAGCCUGAUAUAAUUCAUGUCCAUGAAUGGCAGACAGGUGCUUUGCCCUUGCUUUAUUGGGAUAUCUAUCAUCAUCUUUCCCUCAAGAAACCAAGAAUAGUGCUAACUAUCCACAACAUGGAGCACUAUGGUGAGUGUAGCAAAGAGCAACUAAGCAAGUGUGGUCUUGAUGGAUCUGUAUACGCAACUAUAGACAAGGCGGUUGAUGAUCGAACCAUUGGCCAUAAUCCCGAGAGGUUGAGCCUGUUGAAAGGUGGAAUUGUGUACAGCAAUGCUGUUGUGACCGUCUCCCCAACCUAUCUCAAGGAAACUCUGUGCUCUGGGUGGCUUUCAAGCACUUUGGUCGAACACCGGCACAAGUACUUUGGCAUACUAAAUGGGAUAGACACUGCAAUGUGGAACCCUUCCUUUGAUUUUUUCUUGCCUGCUAAGUUCCAUGCUCAGAAUGUUGAAGGGAAGAGAUCAUGCAAGUACUUUGUCCAGAAGGGCUUGGGUUUGGCCACGGGUGAACAUGUAUUGGAUUCGACAACCAACAUUCCCUUGGUUGUUUGUAUCACGCGAUUAGUUGCACAGAAAGGUCUUCAUUUAAUUACUCGUGCGAUUAAGCGCGUUGAAGAACUUGUAAGUUUGCUAUUGAUAUUAAAUCAGAAUAACAUCUGCAAGGGUGGACAGAUGAUUGUACUGGGAAAAGCUCCAGAAGGUCACAUUCAAAGAGAAUUUGAAGGUCUUGCAAAUUUGCAUAAUCAAGGUCCGAGCAUUCGAAUCUUAUUGAUGUAUAGUGAGGAGCUGUCUCACAUGCUUUAUGCAGCAGCAGACAUGGUGUUAGUUCCAUCCAUGUAUGAACCAUGUGGCCUUUCACAAAUGCUUGGCAUGCGUUACGGAGCGGUCCCAGUGGUUAGAAAAACUGGUGGUCUUGCAGACACAGUCUUUGACAUGGACGAUCACCAAAACCAAGAAAUGGCCAACGGGUUUGUUUUUGAAGGAAUUGAUGAAGCGUCUCUAGACGGAGCUUUGGAUCGUGCAUUUUCUUAUUUUAAAGACAAACCAGAUGAAUGGAAAAAUGUAGUGAGAAAGCUAAUGGAGAUUGACAAUAGCUGGAACAAUACAGCAGGGAAAUACAUUGAGGUUUAUGAUUCCGUCAGAGCAAGAUACUACUGAUUGGGAGGUUACACCUCGUCUUCUGCUGUAGAUGAAGAUGAAAUGAAAAUGAAGAUCUUUUGGCUUUUCUUUCCUUUUCCUAGCUUGGAAUUUGAUAAUAAUGUACAUAACUACUUGAAAAUGAAAAUGAAAAUGAAGAUCUUUUGGCU